CUCGAAGCUCGCGACGAGACCGCAUGCGCCUCCGUCUGGAUGGCUCACUCCACCAUUGUCGACGAUUUCCCCACGGAGCCCACCGCCCUCGCCACGGAGACCAACCUCGACAUCCCCCAAAUUACUGACCCCUGCGUCUUCCCCUCCAUCACGGGCCAGGCCGGCCAGAUCAUCACCUCCUACUCCUCCGCCCUCCAGUCCUGGCAGGACGCCCACAUCACCGAGAUCCGUGACAUCUACUCCGCCUGCAGCGACGUCCCGGAGGUCGCGUCCGCCCUGGAC